GAGCAGCGGCCGCUCUGGUCGGCGGACGUGCUGCCGAGCAGUCCCGGAAGCGAAGGAGCGAUGGCGGAGAGUCCGACUGAGGAGGCGGCGACGGCAGGCGCCGGGGCGGCGGGCCCCGGGGCGAGCGGCGUCGCCGGUGUUGUUGGCGUUAGCGGCGGCGGCGGGUUCGGGCCGCCUUUCCUGCCGGAUGUGUGGGCGGCGGCGGCGGCAGCGGGCGGGGCCGGGGGGCCAGGGAGCGGCCUGGCUCCGCUGCCCGGGCUCCCGCCCUCGGCCGCUGCCCACGGGGCCGCGCUGCUUAGCCACUGGGACCCCACACUCAGCUCCGACUGGGACGGCGAGCGAACCGCGCCGCAGUGUCUACUCCGGAUCAAGCGGGAUAUCAUGUCCAUUUAUAAGGAGCCUCCUCCAGGAAUGUUCGUUGUACCUGAUACUGUUGACAUGACUAAGAUUCAUGCAUUGAUCACAGGCCCAUUUGACACUCCUUAUGAAGGGGGUUUCUUCCUGUUCGUGUUUCGGUGUCCGCCCGACUAUCCCAUCCACCCACCUCGGGUCAAACUGAUGACAACGGGCAAUAACACAGUGAGGUUUAACCCCAACUUCUACCGCAAUGGGAAAGUCUGCUUGAGUAUUCUAGGUACGUGGACUGGCCCUGCCUGGAGCCCAGCCCAGAGCAUCUCUUCCGUGCUCAUCUCCAUCCAGUCCCUGAUGACUGAGAACCCCUAUCACAAUGAACCUGGCUUUGAGCAGGAGAGACAUCCAGGAGACAGCAAAAAUUACAAUGAAUGUAUUCGGCAUGAGACCAUCAGAGUGGCGGUCUGUGACAUGAUGGAAGGAAAGUGUCCCUGCCCUGAACCCCUACGAGGGGUGAUGGAGAAGUCCUUCCUGGAGUAUUAUGACUUCUAUGAGGUGGCCUGCAAAGAUCGUCUGCACCUUCAAGGCCAGACUAUGCAGGACCCUUUUGGAGAGAAGCGGGGCCACUUUGACUACCAGUCCCUCUUGAUGCGCCUGGGACUGAUUCGUCAGAAAGUGCUGGAGAGGCUCCAUAAUGAGAACGCCGAAAUGGACUCUGAUAGCAGCUCGUCUGGGACAGAGACAGACCUGCACGGGAGCCUGAGGGUUUAGACCCUGCUCCCCUCUCCCCUCCCCCCACUCGAGAGUCCCAGCAAAGUCCCUUCCCCCCACCCCAGGGAUGGAGAGGCACUUGUGUAUCUCCUUCCAAAUGUGACAUCAUCCCGCAAGAUGGCAAGAACCAAGCAAGCUUGGAUCCCAGGGUGUGGAAGUGGGGAGGCUGUUCCCGAUCUGACCUCCUUGGCUCUCGAGCAUCUGGGGCUGUGUUCAUCCCAUAUCAGGGGCCAAGGUACCUAUGCAGGAGCACCUAGGGCGAGGGCCUCUGGCAAAAACAAAACAACCAACACACCUCUCCACAGGGCCAGCUCCUUAGGGACAGGUGGAGACACAAAUUGCAAUUCCUAGAGGGAGUGUGCCCAAAUGAUUUAUGGGAAUAUCUGGAAGGGAGCUUGGGGUGGGGGGCUGUCUGUGACACUUAAGCAGUCUGGGUGGUUGUCUGUCUGUCUGUCUUCAGUUUUGAAGCAGGGCUUCCCAAUGCCCUUUUCCUCCCUGCCUCUUUACCCCCAUUAUUUCCCACAGGCCAGCAUAAUUUUGUUUUUCCUAAUUUAUAGUCACUGUUCUAGACAGACCAAAGAGAAGGAACAGUGGUGGAGUCUAGGCUGCUGAUGAGUAAGCUUUACCUAGCACCUGAGCACCUUUCUCCUCUGCCCCCCAUUCCCUCACCCAUUCUAGAUUUAAGACAAGGUAAAUGUGACUGGGCCUGAACCAAGGUCUUGGUAAAGCCUGCACAGGCACCAUAAGAAGCUGAAAAUGCCCUUUGUUCCCGCAGUCACCGAUCUGAAAAGUUCCCAAUGCAGACAGCUGUUGUGUGUAUGGGAUUAGAGCCACUACAUAGAACAGUCUCUUACAGAUUUUUCAUAAAUAACUAGUCACAAUGAGGGUAUUACUCCUGGGGGUGGGGUACAGGGGGGAGGCUGAUGCUAGUCCUAUUGUAUUUUGUUUGGCUGUCCUUGUGUGUUUUCACCUCAGCCUGUAGUCCCCUUCCUCACUUCAAAGCCCAGGGAGUUGUGGGGAGCAAGCGUAGCCAAUGGCAGAGGGGAUUGGGGCUGGGACUCUGAAGACUCCUCCCCUUCUCUCCCCCCUCCCCCCCAACUGCUCUUUGUCACUGACUCUGAUGGGUAUUUGCCUGGCUGUGUCGCUUCUCUAUUUAGCUGCAGUGAUCCUUUAUCUGGUUGGCUCAGAAAAAUGUGCUUUAGGUGCCCUGUGACACUGGGCAUCAAGGGAACCCAUCCUUCCCCUUUUUGAUGUGUUCUCCUGUACUUUCCAGAUUCUUACUGAUAGGUCUCCCAGUGGGGUACUGGUGAUCCACAUGACACAAGGCCUCAAUCAGUAUCCAGCCACGUGUAAGGGAGAGGAUAACCUGUACCUGCUCUGCCCGCUGCUAGAGAGGCUUCUGCCUUGUGGGUCAUGAGACUUCCUGGGGAAGUUGGGAAGGGGGUUGGGCACAAAGGAGAAUGUCCUACUUGGGACGGCAGGAAGCAAAGGAACUGGACAGGAAGUGGGCUUGGGGGACAGAAGUGUAGCUUUGAUACCUGAAGGCUGGGUCUCUUCACAAGGAGACUCAAGAAGGGGCCCUGCUUCCAAUUUCCCUCUUCCAUUCCCAGAGCUAGUACAGGGCUUGGAAGAAUGCCCUUGGUCUGUUGGUCCAGUGUUACCUGUCAUACAUUUAAGUGUUCCCACUUUCAAGUGACAAUCCUCUCCUUGGCCCUGCCAUGGGCAGAGCAUGUCUGGCGUACUAGCCUGACUUUUACGUCCUAAUCUUGAGUUGAGGAAAUAUAUGCACAGGAGUCAAAAAGAUGUCUUUAUAUCUGACUGUACAUAAAUGAAGUUUUUUUUUUUUUUUUUUCUUUUUGGUGCAAUAAAGUUUGUUUUGGCAGAAGGAGGAAGCGCCUACGGGUGUGGGAGGGUUUGUGUAAAAGGAAGAAGGGGAUCAUUUUGACAGCCACACCUCUCACCUAGGCCUGAAACUGUCAGGGAUAAAGAUAGUGCUCAGUGGAAGCCAAAAACUUGGGUUAUGUGGUGUGGGUGGAAGCAGGACUACUGGUGGCAAAAGUUCCCAUCAUUAAGAAAUAGGGUCAUUUUUUUGAGGCUGUAACUUUGGCAGUCAAGGAGAGGAAUGCCAUCUUAGCCUCGGCUGCUUCGAAAGAAAUACCUGUUCAGGAAGUGAGCUUGUCCUCAAGGACAGGCAGAGAUAAGAGAUGGGCUCAGACUACAUAUCCCCUUGCUAAGGGAAAGGUGUCUUCACAUGGAUAGUCCAAACCAUUGGGCUUUCAGUUUUCUGAUACCAAACUACACCUUAAGAAUUCAGACCAUGAAGACAGGGCUUAAUGCUGGCCUCCCAGCUCAUCACCACCUUCUCUACUUGCUAUAGAAGGCUCUUGCUUUCUGGUACAGAGGCUUUGCCUCUUGGCUGACCAUGUGUGUAGGAAGAAAUUAUACACAAAAUGUCCUGCUGACCUGUGCCACGCAAAGUUGCGUACAGGGAAGCGUGGGCUCAGCGGGGCUAGCGGGCCUAGGCUCUAGCUUUGGCUCUGCUUAAGGUGGUGGCCUCUGGUCAAUUCGAUUCCUCACCUGCCAAAGUUAAGGACACCUAUUUAACUUUUAAGGUUGUGAGGACUAUACAAGGUGUAUAUAAAACUGGGUGUCUGGUAGGUGUUCAAUAAAUGAUUCCCUUUCCCACCCCUAAGGUUAGAGGGAUGACCUGGUGAUCACUAUAGAAGGAAAAGGUAGUAAGGAAUUUGAGAAAUACUGCAUCCACUAUUGGUUAAUUACCCUCAGAUUAAAUUUUCUUUUCUCUAACCACAAUUUAACAUUGACCUCUAUUUCCUUCAUACUCAUAGCUGAGUCUGCUGCCAUAACCUGGAACCUCUACAAAGGAAGCUGGAAGAGACUGAAAGAGUGACUAUUUACUGGUCCGUUAGGGUCUGCUCGUUUGAGAUAAGGAACAUUUUAAGAGGAAGGGGUUUGAAUUAACAGAGGCUAUAAUUUAUGUCUCAGGGCGACAGAAACUAGACUGUCUAGCCAGGAGACAGAUGGCCUUCAUUCUAGGCCCAGCUCUACCAUGAACUUGUAGAUGACCUGUGCAAGUCAGUUUAUACAUGUUCACUGUUACCUAUGUUACUCAGGUUAUCCUUAGCGGAUAAAAAAGGUUUUCUCCAAUAAAGAUGCAAUGUGAAGGCACUUUAAAAAAGAGUAAUGGGGUUAAGAA